AUGAUUGUCGUGGACCCGGCAACGUUUUCGACAGAUAUGUUUGUUGCCGCAGAAGCGUCCGGUAUGGCAGAAGUUGCGAAAACCGUUCCUGUGUCGGAUACUUUUGUUCAACAGACGGGGAUUGUGGUGGAAAAUAUGAAUGCUGUAUUUCGAACAAAUGUACGACGUACGGUUGCUCAGAAUGCAGUUCAAAUUCACACUGUUCUUCCUCGGAGUACUGUUGUAAACAUCGAUACCGCAACGUCUGCAGACGCAACUGUAUCGGGAGGACAUGCAACUCGAGUUCUGACUGCGGAGGUCCGUCGGAAUACUGUACUAAGAGUAAAAUAUGCUGGGAACCAGGGCGUUCCUCCUGUUCGACUGACCGUGAUUGUCUAGGAGAUGGCGAAUGUUGUAAAUUUUCCAAAUGCGCUACAGUUGGUUGCCCGGUAUGUACUUGGAAAGAAGACUGCGAUUCCUCGAUGUAUUGCUGUAAGGGGGUACUCUCGCUAGUGCGUGCCGCAUAGAUUGCAUCGGGGAGACGUGCUCAGAUGACGAUGAGUGUGGAAGUCCGCCGGAAUACUGUACUAGUAGUGGAAUAUGCUGGAAAGCAGGGCGUUCCUGUUCAACCGACAGUGAUUGUCGCGGAGAUGCCGAAUGUUGUAAAUCUUCCAAAUGCGUUAAUAGUUAUAAGUAUACAUUUCGUUGCCCGGUAAGCCCGGUAUGUACUUCGAAUUCUGACUGCUAUUCGUCGAGGUAUUGCUGUAAGCGAGGUACUCUCGCUAAUGUGUGUCGCAAAGAUUGUGUCGGGGAAACAUGCUCCGAUGACGACGAUUGUGGAGGGCCCAAAGAGUCGUGUAAUUCCAAUACUACAAAAUGUGAGAAAUCUGAGACCACUGUGCCUGUGGCUGGCUCCGCUGGCUGGGUUGUACCGGUGAUCGUCGUAGGUGUAGUACUGUUCGUCGUCGUUGUUGUCGGCGCUGUUUUGGCGUACCGUUCAUGUCGUGGCUCGUCCCGACGCGGAGUGGUGGUGCGAGAACAGCCUGCACAGAGAACCACUGCGAUCAUAGCCCUGCGUGAGACCGAAACUAUUCAAACCGCCCAUCCAGCACCAGUUUAUAAUCCUUCCCCUAAUCCUAGUUAUUACAACCAGGGUCAAGAUUUCCCACCUCAAAACCACCAGUUGCCCCCACAACCCAAGAAUGGGAUGCCACAAUCCCAACAUGGGUACCCACCCCCACAACCCCACCAGUUUCCCCAGCCCCUCCAUUUCGCUUCGCAUUGAACGAUGUGUGUGAAACAACUAGCAAACAAAAAUUAUCAUUGUUCGUGACUCGUUCUUUAGAAAGACGAUUUCUAUAUGGUUUUAUUGUCUUUCAUUGUUAUAAUCAACCAACCACGAGCCUGGAUAGUAUAGGUAGAUGAUGACCCCGCCGAAGUAACUUUUGAUAAUUUACCAUGACACAAGUUCAACAUUGAGUUCGGGGAACGGGGGCUUAAUUAAGAAGAGCAAUAUCAUUUAACAUGGAAUUGCCAUAAAGGGUGUGAGAAUUUCGUACAGGGGGAAAGGUGGUCUCAACCAAUUAUGUCCAAGAUUGUAUAGCUCUGUUUUCUAGAUACUGUGCAUGGACAUGGUUUAGUGGAUUUUAGUUGUUGUAGAUCAUAUAUUUAUAGUUGUCGUAAAUCAUAUAUUUAUAGUUGUCGUAGAUCAUAUAUUUAUAUAGUUGUCAUAGAUCAUAUAUUUAUAGUUGUCAUAGAUCACAUAUUCAUAGUUGUCAUAGAUCAUAUAUAGUUCGUAUAAUCGUAUAUAUAUAGUUCGUAUAAUCCAAGGAAAAUAAUAUAGAACAGUUUUUCUGUUUAAAGUUGUCAAUAAAGUUUACUUUUUGGCUAUUAGUUUGAAACAUGCAAAAUUAUUAGAUUUCCAUAAUUUUCAAAAACAAACCGGCGGAGGUUUACUGCCGGCUACUUUCUUUUAAGUUUUUAACUAUAUGUCUAUAUAUAUACUGUACACCCAUGCAUAUCGCUUUUUUUGCGCUUUAUGUCUAUAAAGUACACUUCAAAAACUCAUUAAUAAUUCAGGAGCAAAACACAAAGAAAAAUCAUAAGCG